AUGGAAACGAUUCAAGCCUUCUUUGGAGGUUGCUGCCCCGGAUGCGACACACAACACUCGGAGCCUGAGAUUCUGCCUGUACAGGAUGUCUUCCAUCCUGUGAAGAGCAAGUCUCGAACAGAGCUGGCGGAAGAUGUCAUUGAUCCUUCUAUCAAUCUGCACGGCUGGACAGUUCGGGAAGGUCACCGACUUGUAAUGGUAGAAAUCGACAAGGAGGGAGGAGCGCUGGGUAUGGCCCUCGAAGAAGCCAGAGACGGAGUGAUGGUGAGCAGCAUCGAAGAUGGGGGCUUGGUGGCGCAGUGGAACCAAGAUCACCCCCUCCGUGCUGUCAAGCCUGGCGAUGUAAUUUUUGAGGUAAACAAGAAGCAGGGUAAGUACAAAGAGUUGCGUGACAAGCUGAAGAAGGAGGAGCGUGUGACAAUGAUCCUCCGGAGUGACUGA